CCACGAAACUUGAUAAGAAGCCAUUUUCUGCUGUCUGCCUUCUCAGUACAGCCGCUAAAAGGGAAGAGAUGGCAAACAUGUUCCCGGUCUCAUUGGAAGGGCAGGAAUCAGGCAUUCUCCGUGACCUGGAUGAGCCUCCAGUUGACCAUACAGAGGGCCAACUCUUCUUGAACGAUGCCUUUAAAAUUAUUAUGGAGGAGGUGCUCUGCAAGGGCACGGACGUUAAGCAAAAGGUUUGUGAAUGGAAAGAGCCCGAGGAGCUGGCUCUGCUGCUGGACCUGGAGCUCAGGGAAACGGGGGAGCCUUCACACAGGCUCCUACAGAGGGUUAAAGAUGUCGCCAAGUACAGCAUCAAGACAAGUCACCCACGUUUUCUUAAUCAGCAGUUUGCAGGAGUGGACUAUCAUGCCCUGGCUGGCCGAUUCCUCACUGAGGCUCUCAACACUAACCUCUUCACCUAUGAGGUGGCCCCAGUGUUUGUGCUGAUGGAGACUGAGGUUCUGAGAGGACUGCGGCAGAUGGUUGGCUGGACAGAAGGUGACGGUCUUUUCUGCCCAGGGGGUUCUACCUCUAAUAUGUACGCCAUGAACCUCGCACGCUACCAACUUUUGCCAGAGGUCAAAAGUAAGGGGCUGUGUGGUCUCCCAAGACUAAACAUCUUUACAUCUUCAGAGAGCCAUUACUCUGUGACGAAAGGGGCUGCCUUUCUGGGAAUUGGGACAGACAAUGUCAUCAUAGUGAAAGUGGAUGAAAGAGGCCGCAUGAUUCCAGAUGACCUGGAUGAAAAGAUAAAGCUGGCACAAUCUCAGGGUGCAGUGCCAUUCUUUGUAAGCUGCACGUCAGGGACCACAGUGCGAGGUGCGUUUGACCCACUGGACCGCAUAGCUGAUGUCUGCGAGAAACACAAGCUCUGGAUGCACGUAGAUGCUGCCUGGGGAGGGAGCGUGCUCUUUUCCAAGCAACACAGACAUCUGAUGAAAGGGGUUCACAGAGCAAAUUCGGUAGCCUGGAAUCCACACAAGAUGCUGGGGGCUGGACUGCAGUGUUCUGCCUUGCUACUACAGGAUACCAUGAACUUGUUGAAGAAGUGCCACAGUGCCAACGCCACAUACCUCUUCCAGCAAGACAAGUUCUAUGAUGUGAAUCUGGAUGUCGGGGAUAAGUCGGUGCAGUGCAGCCGCAAGGUUGACUGUCUGAAGUUAUGGUUGAUGUGGAAAGCUGUUGGCUCCAUUGGCUUUACCGAGCGCGUGGACAAAGCUUUUAGCCAUGCAAGAUAUCUGGUGGAGCAAAUGAAGAAAAGAGAGGGGUUUCAUCUUUUGCAUGAGCCAGAGUUUGUGAAUGUGUGCUUCUGGUUCAUACCAUCCAGUAUGAGGGGGAAGGAAGGGAACGCAGAUUACCAGGACAGACUGGCAAAAGUAGCUCCAGUCAUCAAGGAGCGCAUGAUGAAACAAGGCACCAUGAUGGUGGGCUACCAACCUUUGGGAAACAAGGUCAACUUCUUCCGCGUGGUUGUUUUCUCUCCGCAGCUUUCCCAGAAAGACAUGGACUUCUUCAUUGACGAAAUUGAAAGACUGGGAAUUGACUUGUGAGCAAAUCCCAACCUACAAGAUGUGUACCCCUUGACUAUCUAGAAUGCACAAAGCUUGCCAUAAUAAUGUCUCAAAUUGUAACAAAAAAACAAACUGUGAUUUGAUCGAUUAAGACAGUUGUGAUGAUAUAUGGAGAGAUACUAAACCCUGAAAUCUGAAAACAAUAAACCAAAAAAUUAAUAAAUAACCAAACAAAGGGUCACUCUCUUCAUAAAUGUCAAGAAUAAAAUAAUUAGGACUUCAUUUUUUCAUUGAAUUGAACUUAUUUGUGGCCUUAGCAUGUUAGCCAGGCCCAGGGUGCCCCUUCUGUACAGUUCACGAAAUUGUGGUUAUGUCACUUAGCGGGGCUCGUGGGUGGUGGUGCAUUAAAUCAGAUAAGUAAGAUAGAUGCAGACACACCUGCAGCUUCUGAAUAUCAAUCAAUUCAAUGUGAUUUUAAUGGCAUGGAAGUUUAAAAACAAGAACAAAACAAGUUUUCCAUUCUGAUUUGAACACAGUUUAUCAAGACUUUCUCAUGUGACUUUUGUUUUUACUCUGUAACAGAUGCAACUUGAAAUGUAGUAAAGUGCUAUUCUGAUAAAUAGUAACGUAACGUUUCUUGGAUAAAA